UCAAGCCAUCGGGCGAAGUGGCCGCUUUAAGCCAUUGGGCUUAGUGGCCGCUUAAGCCAUGGCCGGGCUGCGAUUUGAAUCGGUCUCGGCCGGCAGCCUUAGCGUCUCGGAGCCAGUCGAGUACAAUGUCCGCGAUUUGAUUAUCUAUGCGCUGGGCAUCGGCUCUAGCGACCUGCGCUAUGUUUACGAGAAGCAUCCGGACUUUGCAGCGUUUCCGACCUUUCCCGUGGUGCUCUACUACAAGGGUACAUCCUUCGAUGCGCUGCCAUUUCCUUCCCCUAUCCUGGUGGCGUCCUUAGUUUUCGUUUCGGGAGCUGCGCUAUGCCGAUGUUUCCUUGGAUGGCAAGCCAGGUAUCCAACACAGAAAACAGUUCGUGGCAAUCAGCUCCUUCUGCGCUUGGAGCCAUACGCAGAUCCCGGGGACAGCGGAAGGGCUGCCUUUCCUUCACCCCCGAUGAAGAAUGUGAAGGUCUGGUUGGACGCGGGCGUCACCAUUGAGCGCCUCGCCGACCUGCCAACGGCUGGCCGGAUGAAGGUCGAGGGUGGCGUGGCCUCGGUCCACAGGAAGGGCAAAGGCGCCUUUCUGGAGAAGCUGCACGAGCUCAAGGAUGAGGCGGGCAAAGUCUACUACCGCAUGAUCGACGCGUCCUUUUGCGUGGGCGCCACCGACUUUGAGGAGUUCGGGCAACAGCUGACGACGCUGGUUCAAAUGCCCAAGCGGAGCCCUGAGAAGCGGCGGGAGACCAAGUUGGAGGAGCGUGCCGCCAUGAUCUACCGCCUCUCAGGUGACUACAACCCUCUUCACCUGGAUCCCGAGUUUGCCAAAACGGCUGGCUUUGAGACUCCCAUCGUCCAUGGGAAGUGCACUUUGGGCCACACUGCGCGAUGCCUGCUGGACACCUUGGCCGGGGGCGACCACCGGCGCUUCCGGAGCCUCGCGCUCCGCUACUCGUCCCCGGUAAUCCCGGGCCAGACGCUGGUGGUGGAGAUGUGGGAGACGAAUGCGCCGGAGGAGUAUCUCUUCCAGGUCCUGGUCAAAGAGACGGGCAAGGUUUGCGUGAGCAACGGGCGCCUGCUGCUUCAUGCUGCCAGCAGGUUGUGACCGGACAAAGGGCCUGCUCGCUGCAGGGAUG